AUGGUUCGUGUUCGAAGACGAGUACUGGGGGCUGUUGAGGCGUUGCUCAUUAAUCAUCAGAUGUUCCCUCAAAUCUACCUGCUGCUGCUGCUGCAAGCCGCCUCUCUAACCCUUGGUGCUCCCCGGCUGAAAGCGUCCGCUGAUGCCGACUACGAUGGAGAUGGCGAAGACGUAACCGGAGAGAUCCUCAACGGACCCUACAGCACGACGCACCACGACGGCAUGAAUAGUAACAAUCCCUUCCACAACACUGCCUUUGCCGAGAAAAGCGUGGAGUACCAAGGCAAAGCGCAAGCAAGAGCUAUUACAAUUAAUUUGCCCACCAAGGAGUGGAAGAGGACCGCAGACGCUCAACACCAGGAUCCUGCCGUAUCGCUCGUCGGUCUCGAAAGGAGCGUCGCCAGCCCGCUGAUCUGGGACUCCCACGAGAUGCAGGUGACCAGAGACCUGCAGAAGCGGCAGAGCAGCGAAUGGAAGUGCAACCGCAUGGGGCGAAGGGAGCAACAGGAGGCCUUGAACAUCAUGUACGACGUCUUCAAUAAUCUCUUUGGAAAAGAGCCCCUGAGGGGUGGCCACAACAAGUGCUUCGUGGCCGAAUGCCAAAAAUGGUACUUUGAGUACUGCCAGAUGUCGGUCGACGUCAAGGACGAGAUACCGGGCGCGAGAAGGAUUGCGGCCAAAGGCAACCCCGGAACAGGGGGGUCAUGCUACACGGUGGUGAAAGGAGACGGGUUCAACGAGUAUCACAGGUACUUUUUCGGACACCUUGAUGCGAAUUCGAUUCCUAACUAUAAUGGCGGGUUGGACACGAGACAUUGCCAGUGA